AUGCCGUGGCGUCCCAGGAACGGUGUUCUCUACACUGCUCUACCCGUGAGUUCAAGCACCGCGUGGUCGACCGUUUCCAUUGGGCCCACUGCUAGUUUAUUGACCGGUGAUCGUCUGAUAAUCGUUGUCACAACUCAGAUUGCUUUGGAAAUGGCCCCGUUGCCGGAACCCGAGGUGAUGGAGGAGCAGGAGGUCAAGAAAAACGAUGAGUCGGGCUUCAAGGGAUUCCUCAAGCAUAGACUUCGCAAGCUGACAGCAUCGACGUCUUGCAAGACGCGUAUUCGGAAGCUCGUCUGCCUUGCCUGA